CCAAAACGGGCAACAGUGGAAACAAGGAGAACGGGCAGUGGAAGCCGGAGCGCAAGCGUAGAAAUCACCACGUCGAGAGUAACUCUGAACCGAGUCACGGGCACGAUUCCAGAUGGCACUGAAGUCUUCCACACCGGCCAAACUCAAUCGUAUAUAAACGUAUUUUUAUAUUAAUACGAUCCGAGGGUGAAUCCUUUUCCACGGAUUUACUUCCUCUCAAUUUUUAUUAACAAUUUUCCGUCUGAUUUGUCCCUCUCUGAGCGAAAAAUAAUAACUUACUUAUAACACGAAGUCGUGAACGAAAUUUAUCAUAUGAGGUCUGCCAAGGUCACCUUCUUGUAUUGUUCCAUGUUCUUUCUGGACAAUAGUAAAUAAUCCUCUGUCGUUCUUCAGUAGAUAAAAAUUCCAGUCUCUGGACGUUUUCUUCUCAACACAGUCGAAUCGGGGAACUUUGAGAAACGAGAGACGUCUGAGAAAAAAGUCUAGAGAAGAAUUUUAAAAAUGACAGAUCAACAGAUGGACUGUGCUUUAGAUCUGAUGAGGAGGCUGCCACCUCAAGAGAUUGAAAAAAACUUGAGUGAUUUGAUUGAUCUGGUCCCAUCCCUCUGCGAAGAUCUCCUUUCUUCCGUUGAUCAACCGCUGAAAAUUGCGCGCGAUGAUGAGGUCGGCAAAGAUUAUCUGCUCUGUGACUACAACAGGGAUGGUGACUCAUAUAGGUCUCCUUGGAGUAAUAUAUAUUAUCCGACAUUAGAAGAUGGUUCUAUGCCAUCAGAGAGGUUAAGAAAAUUAGAAAUGGAAGCGAACACUGCGUUCGAACAGUACAGGGAGAUGUAUUUUGAAGGUGGAGUUUCGUCGGUUUAUCUCUGGGACCUUGAAAUCAAUGGAUUUGCCGGUGCCAUAUUAAUAAAAAAGGCUGGAGACGGGUCAAAAAAAAUCAAGGGUUGCUGGGAUUCUAUUCAUGUUGUCGAAGUUCAAGAAAAAAGUAGUGGUAAAAAUGCACAUUACAAACUUACUUCUACUGUUAUGCUUUGGCUUCAGACGAAUAAAACGGGGUCCGGAACUAUGAAUUUAGGUGGAAGUCUAACACGUCAGGCGGAACAAGACUCAAUAGUUUCGGAGGUUUCUCCACACAUAGCCAACAUUGGAAGAAUGGUGGAAGACAUGGAAAAUAAAAUAAGAAAUACACUUAAUGAAAUUUAUUUUGGAAAAACAAAAGAUAUAGUAAAUGGUCUUAGAUCAGUAGAACCAUUAUCAGGACAAAGAGCGCAAGCAGCAUUACGGCAAGAUCUUGCUGCAGCAUUACAAAAGAGACAAGCAAAAACAUCCGAUAAUUGAGGUUCCUUUAUAAGUAUUUCCUAA